AUGUCUGGGGGCUCAGAGAGUGAUGACUCUGUAACAGCUAAUGGGAGGGUUUACAUUCCUGAAGUAAGAAAUGAGGAAACACCAGCAGUUGGGAUGAAGUUAGACUCGCUUGACCUCGUUUAUAAUUUCUAUAAUAGAUAUGCAUUCUUGGCUGGCUUUGGUAUUCGACUUCAUUCCAGCUUUUGGGGGAAAAAUAAGAAAGAGAUUCUGAGAAAAGAAUUUGUAUGUUGCAAACAAGGUGCAUACCGGAAUGAUGAAACUCGGGAGAGAAAAAGACAGCGGGGAAUAAGUAGAUGCAAUUGCAAAGCUAAGAUUGUGGUUGUGAAGACACAUGAGAGCAAGAAGUAUACCAUCUCUCUUUUUGCAGAGGGACACAAUCAUAAGAUGACACCCUCAGGAAGAAUGCAUUUACUGAGAUCACACCGUCGUAUUUCAGAUUCUACAAAAGUACUCACAAAACAGUUGGGUUCGGUUAAUAUUCCCAUUAAUCAGAAGGUAAGUAUUUUCGAGGUGCAAUCCGGAGGAAUGGAUAAAAUCGGUUUUAUCAAAAAGGAUAUCUACAAUCUUGAAUGUAGUGUGAAUGGGAAGCUAAGGAACCACGAUGUUGAACUAGUGACCGAGUAUUUUAUGGCUGAACAAAAAAAAAUGAGGCUUUUUAUUUCAAGAUUGAGGGAGAUGGCGAUAACAGGUUUAGUCGAUGUUUUUGGGCAGGUGCAACUUCUAGACGGGGCAUGCGCAUUUUUGAGCAAGGAAACGACUGAGUCGUUUAUUUGGAUGUUUGAGGAGUUUAAGAAAGCAAUGCCAGGUGGCGAACCUAAAACGAUCAUUACAGAUCAAGAUGCGGCAAUGAGCAGAGCGAUUUCAAUAACCUUCCCGACUACAUUUCAUCGACUUUGCAUAUGGCACAUCACAUCAAAGUUCUCUGUUAAGUUACCACAUUCUGCUUAUAAGGAGUAUUGGGGUGAAUUCCAGAAAGCCAUAUGGGAUACUGACAAUAAGGAUGAGUUUGAUGCAAAAUGGAAUAUUGUGGUUACAAAGGCUGGUUUGACUGACCAUCCAUGGCUAAGUUCAAUGUUUGAUUUAAGGGAAUCUUGGGUUUCAGCCUACGCACGACACUUUUUUGCCGCUGGAAUGUCAAGCAGCCAAAGAGCGGAAUGUUCUCAUGGUUUCUUCAAGCAAUACAUAUCAAGGAGAAAUUCGUUGAUGGAUUUCAUAAUAAGAUUUGAGAGGGCACUUUCUCAUCAACGUCAAAAAGAUUUAGUUGCUGAUCACGUAGAUGCAUUUGAAGUGGCUCAAUGUAUUCUACCGAUGCCAAUGAACAAACAAAUGGCUACCUUGUACACAAGGACAAUGUUUCAAAAGUUUGAGCAAGAACUAAUACAAAGUACAACAUGUUUCCUAGAGCUGAAAACAAAGGAUGCUUCUAAAGUUGUCUUUAAUGUGAGCGAAAGGAAAAAUUGGGAAACAAGAGUGGCAGAAGUCGUAUAUGUCAAAGAUUCUGACCACGCAUCGUGUAGCUGCAAAAGAUUUGAAUUUGUUGGAAUUAUUUGCAAGCACAUCCUAGCAUUGUUCAGAAGGGACCAGAUUGAAUAUAUGCCCGAUAAAUACAUUUUGAAGAGGUGGAAGAAAACUGCGAAAUUUGGAUUGGUGUCAGAUGCAAAUGGCAACGAAAUUAAAGACUCUGCAGAUCCUGGUCUUUUAAUAAAGCGGAGUACAAUGUCCCGACUUGCUUCAGAUGUGGUUGAGGAUGCAUUAAUGUGUGAAGAAGGAUGUGAGCUACUGUCAGAGACUCUAAAAAGUUUGCGGGUGAAGUUGAAGUUGUUGAAGGAUGGACCAAGAAAAGGCAAUGAAGCGAGGGAUUAG